AUGCGUGCUUCUGUGCUGGCCAGUUUGAUGCUCUGCGCCGGCCUGUCGCUGGCCUGCGCCGGACAUGACGACGACGACAGGCAGUGGACCAAGGAGGAGCUGCAGGAGCUCGAGGAGAAAUGGGGAUACGAUUGGACGUUUUCCGGCAUUGGCACAUUUGCCCAUCUCGACCAUGUCAAGUGCCUGACCAACCCAGCGGAGCGCUACGAUAUUGCCAUUGUCGGCGUGCCCUUUGACACGGCCGUUUCGUACCGCCCCGGCGCCCGGUUCGGCCCUCGCUUCAUCCGUGCGGCCUCGGCCCGCCAGAUUGACUACCGUAGCUACAACCCGCGCGCCCACGUCAACCCGUACCAGAACUGGGCACGCAUCGUCGACUGCGGCGACAUACCUGUCACGCCCUACGACAACGUCAUUGCGCGCGAGCAGAUGACGCAAGGGCUGACGGCGCUCGGCCGCCACCGCACCGCAUCGUCGGUGGCCGACAAGCCCCGGCUGAUGCUGCUCGGCGGCGACCACAGCCUGACGCUGCCGGCGCUGCGCGCGCUGAAUGAGAUUCACGGCCGGCCCGUGCGGGUUCUUCACUUUGACGGUACGCAAGACUCCUCUGAACACAAGGCCGCAUACAUCUCUUGCCCCGCUCAUCAAGCAAAACGGGUUACACUGACACACACAGCGCACCUCGACACUUGGGACCCCGCCAAGUACCCCGCGCACUGGGGCUCGACGCACUUUACGCACGGCUCCAUGUUCUGGAUGGCCAACCAGGAAGGGCUGCUGUCCAACGCGUCGUCGGAGCCGUCGGUGCACGCGGGCCUGCGGACGCGUCUGAGCGGCACCGACCUGGGCGACCACGACGACGACACGCGCCAGAACUGGGUGCGGUACGCGGCCGACGAGAUUGACGAGAUUGGCACGAAGGGCAUCAUCGACGGCAUCAUGCAGACGCUGGGUACCGAGGACCCUGUCUACCUCUCCAUCGACAUUGACGUGCUCGAUCCCGCGUUUGCGCCGGGCACGGGCACCCCGGAGCCCGGCGGCUGGACGACGCGCGAGCUGAUCCGCAUCCUGCGCGGCAUCGAGGACCUGAACCUGGUCGGCGCCGACGUGGUCGAGGUGUCGCCGGCGUACCAGGGCGUCGGCGAGGAGACGUCGCUGGCGGCGGCGCAGGUCGCGUACGAGAUUCUGAGCUCCAUGGUGAAGAAGGGCAUGCAGGGCAUGGCCAAGGAAGGCAAAGCGGCCGCCGCCGCAAACGAAAAGGAUGAGCUGUAA